AUGAAUUGCACUUAUCAUUGUCGAAAUCAAGUAUCAUUGAUUUGCAUAGCUCCUCACAAGUGUUAAUGUUAAAGAAAACUGUGUACUUAAUGUUAAUAUGAGCACGGAGUAGAUUUGAAAUAUACAGUUCCGAUAGAAAUUUUUGAAAAAAUGAUGAAGAAGAAAUUCGAAGAAUCCUACCUUAAUUAAAAAUUUGAAUUAGCCCAAUAAAGAACAAAUUUUGAAUCAAUGCUUUCUUCAACUCAAAAAAAGUUAUAAUAAGUUUGGGAUGAGUUAGCAGAAUCAAUCAAAUAGAUUUACGAUAUGAUAGAGAUGGAAGAUAAAUCUUUUUUAAAAAUCAUUAACAACAAUAUGCAUCCAACAGAAUUGUCAAGUAUGGAUUUAGAAAAAUUAAUCCAAAUUAUUAAUGGAAAAACAUUAGAUAAUUGGAAGGAUUAGAAAAAUUCUUAUUUGAAGCGGUUGGAAAGAACGUAAAAUGUAUGGAAAUAGGAAGUUGAAGUUUUUAGCAAUAAGAUUAGAAAAAAAAUGAUGUCUAGAUUUCAAUCAAUAACAGAAGCAGCCUAAGUUUAUAAUAGAAAGAAUGAUUUGUAUAAGGUAUUAUCUUAGAUUGAAAAUAUUGAUGAAUCAUUUCUAAAUGAGACAUUGGAAAUGUUUAAGAGAGACAAAAUAACAGAUUGCCUCAUAUACCUUUCAAAUAAGAAGUAUUAAGAAAUGAAGUGGAGGUUUAUUUAUGAUAUUCUUAAAAAUAUAAGUGAAAUAGACUUUAAUAUAUAGAAUUACUCAUCUGAAAAUUAUGCAUACAUUAGGAAGAAUUUAAUAAAAUACAUAUCUUAGAAUAAGCAGAUCAUUGAGUUUUUGAAAUUUCUAGUACAUCUAACAGCCAUUGAUUAGAGAUUUAUCUAAUGUGGAUCCAAUUCUAUUAAUAUAUUAGUAGAAAUGAAGGUGGAUUUUAGGGAAUAAAGCUUUGAGAAUAUCAGGAUUUAAAGUACUUCUUUAAUUGGUGGAAAUUUUGUAAAAUGCAAUUUUAAUGGAUCCAAUUUUUAUAAUGUUGAUAUUAGUGGAAUGAACUUAAAUUACGCUUAAUUAUUUAAUUGUAAAUGGAAAUGUAUAAAAAUACAUAAGUUGAAUAAAUUUGAUGGUCAUGUUGGUUGUGUUCGAUCAGUGUGUUUCUCUCCUGAUGGUAGUACAUUAGCAUCUGGUAGUGUAGAUAACUCUAUCGGUUUAUGGAAUACUAAGACAGGAUAACAAAAAGCCAAAUUAUAUGGUCAUAGUAAUUCUAUCAUAUCAGUCAGUUUCUCCCCCGACGGUAGCACAUUAGCAUCUGGUAGUUUUGAUAACUCUAUCGGUUUGUGGGAUGUUAAAACCGGAGAAAAAAAAGCCAAAUUAUAUGGUCAUACUAAUUCUAUCUUAUCAGUCUGUUUUUCUCCUGAUGGUACUAUAUUAGCAUCUGGCAGUGAUGACAAGUCUAUCCGUUUAUGGGAUGUUAAGACAGGGAAAUAACAGGCCAAAUUAGAUGGUCAUACUCAUUAUAUUCGAUCAGUCUGUUUCUCUCCUGAUGGUUCUACAUUAGCAUCUGGUAGUGAUGACAGUUCUAUCCGUUUAUGGGAUGUUAAGACAGGAUAAUAAAAAGCGAAAUUAGAUGGUCAUACUAGUACUGUAUAUUCAGUCUGUUUUUCUCCUGAUGGUAGUACUCUAGCAUCUGGUAGUUAAGACCAUACUAUUCGUUUAUGGGAAAUGAAAACAGGAGAAUAAAAAAUCUAAUUCGAUGACAAUUUAAACUCAAUUCUAUCAGUUUGUUUCUAACCUGAUGGUUCUACAUUAGCAUCUGGUAGUGUAGAUAAUUCUAUUCGUUUAUGGGAUGUUAAAACAGGAAAACUAAUUAUUAAAUUAGAUGGUCAUCAAGGUUUUGUUUAUUCAGUAUGUUUCUCUCCUGAUGGUACUAAAUUAGCAUCUGGUAGUUUUGAUAAUUCUAUUCGUGUAUGGAAUGUUAAGAAGGAUCUACUAAUUUAGCUAAAUAUGUCACUUUAAAGUUAGUUCAUAUUGUUCCAAAUAUGCAAAAAUCCUGUUUUGUAAGUCUAAGGAACUUUAAUCCUGAAUUCAAUAAUAGAAAAUACUAAAGGUUAAGAUUUACAAUAAUUAUUCAAAGCUUAAGGUAGCUUGAUUUUGGAAGACUAAAUGAAUUUUAACAACAAUUAAUGA